AUGUCUGCUAAACGCAAAUCCGCCUCACCCGAUCCAUCCCCCAAGCGUCCUCGCCUCGACAAGGAGGGCGAUGCUUUCUUGACCACUCCACAGGAGAAACCUCGCAGCCUCCCCCACCCUCGUUUCGGUCAGAUGAGCGCGCUCCCAUACCAAUCCGAUGACCCCAAUGACCUGGAUGACUCUAUGGCACCUAGCGCCGACGCAAUGAAAUACUUGCUCGAUGUCCAAUCUCGAGCGAACGCGAUCCCCGAGGUUUGUCUCGCACCGAAAUUCAGUACAAGCGCGUCGAAAUCGAACUCGGAUAACUCUGUGGGCCCCAAUGAAUUUGCCCGGCAGAAAGAUCCUUGCCCAGCUGGCUUCCUUGAGGCCGAGGCCUUCAUCGGCCGUCACCGGAAUUCGGUUGCAUCGUCCAACGGUAUCUACCCCCAGGAACAGGUCGAGUACUACGAAAACAUUCGGAGCCAAUUCACGCUCUUGCGAGCCAGAUUGCAGCUUACACCACCCGCGGACGCGAUCGCAUGCCUUGAUGAAUCGCACCCCAUCAGCCUCCCCAAGAAUAAUCAUCAAGCGCGCAAGGACUGGCGAAAUAUACUCCUCAACGUCGAUCCUCAGAUGGCUCAGCUGGCCUGUAUGGACUCGGCUAAUGUCCUGCGUGUGCUCGAGGUGGUGGGACGUGGGCUUUCUGAGAAUGUGCGGGCUGGUGAGGCUACCGUAAUCCGACGCAUGAGCGUCUGGAUUUGGGGACUGUUGAGCAAGUGCCAUUCACUCGAAGAGAUGUCUACAGAGGAGGUGGGUGAGAUUCGUGCUUUCGCGAAACGGGCCGUGAAGAUCCUUUCAAAGAUUCGGGAAGCAGAGAAGAGGGAGAAAGCAGAGAAACAGGAAGAGGAAGCUGGAUCUGUUGAUGGCUCGGAGACAGGUGAGAAUGAUGAACAAGGGAACGUAGCGUCCCUCAUUUCAAACGUCGAUCAUACGACUGAACAGGAUGCACCCGAUGUGGAGAUGUCGAUGCCUGGUGAUGCCGACCAGCCAGACGACCUGGCAGCAGAAAAGGAGAGACUACAGACCAGAAUGCAGGACAACAUGUUGACGGAGGAAAUUGAGGUAGAGGACUCGGUGAAACAGCAGAUUCGUGUCCUGCUGGAUAUGAUGAUCACCAUCGCGGGCGAAUUCUUCGGACAGCGAGAUCUCCUGGCAGCACGUGAAGUAUGGGCUAAAGCGCACACUGCUUGA